AUGUUUCGUUCGCUUUUAGUUAAGAACUGUAAAGUGGUUCAAACAAAAAGUUUUCUAACCAAGACUACAGUUACCCCAAUUGCCUCCCAUAUGUUUCUCCAUAUUACAUCUUAUUCAAAAAAUAAUGGGGUAUGUUCACAAACUACAAAAAAAUUUUAUUCAAACUAUACUAAGAACAAGUAUAAUACUCAUGGUACACUUGAUAGUACACUAGGUGCAAAGAUUUUGGCUCUGUUUGUGGCUGGUGGUGCAUUAUACUUUGUUUCCCCUAGAAAACAUACUUCAAAGAAGCAUAACACUCAACUGAAUGAUCCUAUCGAGACAUCUGAUACAGUUGACGACUCAACGAAGGUUCAGCAACAACAACAACCAACUGAGGUUAUAACUAAGCCUGCUUCCACAGAACACAUUGAAGCUUAUAACGAUGAAGGAUUAAAGGAUUUGGAAACUGUAAAUGGCGAAACAUUUUUUGAAACUGAAGAGGAAGUUAACCAAGAAGGUGCAUAUAAUCCAGAGACAGGUGAAAUUAACUGGGAUUGCCCAUGCUUAGGUGGUAUGGCACACGGUCCAUGUGGUGAAGAGUUUAAAGAAGCCUUUGCAUGUUUUGUUUAUUCUGAAGCUGAUCCAAAGGGUAUUGAUUGUGUAGAGAAGUUCCAAAAAAUGCAGGAUUGUUUCAGAAAGUAUCCUGAACAUUAUACUGAACAAUUAAAGGAUGAAGAAGAAAUUACUGAACAAUUAGAAAAAGAAUCUGAACCAAAUAAUUCUAAUUCAAACAAUAUUGACACCAAGGAAUUCGUUGAAAUUGAGACACCAGAAACUUUAACUAGUUUUAGCGAUGAAUCAUUACCUGAUAUUACUAUGGAAGAAACUGUGGUGGUGGAAGAUGUUCCACAGAUUGAUAAUGCUGAUAGUGAUGAAACAACUAAAGAAAUUACUGAAACUAUCGAAGACAUUGAAUUAACUGAAAACAGUUAA